AUGGCAAGCGGGUUUUACCAUCGCCAGCAAGACUAUAGCGACAGCGACGCUGAUGCGUCCGGUUCGGAUAUAGACGUCGCAGAGACGCUCUAUGAUGGCAGGAAUGGUACAAUCAUGUCUCUAAAGCCCACAUUCGCGGACAAGGUCAUGCAUGCACCUCAGAGCCUGGCUGCCAUCCCAGCACUGCAGCCGUCAAAUUCGAUUUCCUUACAUCCAUUAAACCUUCCAUCCAUUCUUCCGCCUGAUACACCCACAACGGCAGCAACUACUCCCAGUCUUGUCUCACCGGCUGCAUUGCUGCCAACCGAAGUCAGGGAGGACGAUGAUCCCGAGGCGGGCCGGCAGCGGAUGAAAACGUACAUUCAGGAAAUUCUACAUCACGCCGAGUGUAUGCCACACGCGCAGACGACCCUUGACGGUAUCCGAAUUCCCGAGGCCAAUAACUCUUCCCUCUCUUCCGUCCUGCGCAAUGUGGUCGAAAAAGACGGUGAGUUACCGUCGGAAAACGGCCUCAAUAUUGCCUUGGACUCUACCCUCUGGCGCCUUGCCGCCAGUCGUACUUUCAAACACCCGCUCCCCCCCACACCGCCUAGUCCGGCCCCAUCGGAUAGUACGGACGUGAACAGUCGUCAUCAGUACAGUCAACAAAGCCCCUCGUACUCACACAGACUAUCGACCGCCGAAAACUCCCGAAAGCGGAAGCGGGACGCCCUUGAUCAACCACGUACGGCAAAAGUCGGUCACAAGCAUCCUCGCACGUCCGGUCCCGGUUCAAGUUCUCCUCUUUCACUCGUUCACGAGGGUAUCCAACGUGUUCUUCAAGCGUUCCAAAACAAUGUCAUUGACAAGCACCUUAUCGGCUCAGUACAGCUCCAGCUCCAUCACGUGUUUUUAUUCGCUGUGACGUCUGAAAGCGUCGCUUCGUCUCCUCAGAAGAGAAAGACGCUUGGAGAUAUUAGCAAGCUCAUCCAGCUGCUCGGAGUGCUUUCAGGGGUUCAAAUUUCGGUUGGCGAUCCAACCACGACCCUCAACAUUACCACUCUUGACGAAGGAAGACAAAGCAGCUACAAUUCAAACGGACCUCUCAUCUUCCCGUGUCCUCUUGCAGGAUGCAUCAAAACAUUCACCAAACUCUACUCCCUUCGUUCUCACCAACAGACACAUCUCUCAACACGGCCAUACCAUUGCAACGAGUGCCCUGCGUCCUUUAGCCGUGCGCAUGACUUGACACGGCAUAUGCGCAGUCAUACACUUCAAGUUUAUCGAUGCAAGACGUGUCAAAAGUCGUUUUCCCGACGUGACGCCUUUCGACGCCACUGUCAGAAUACAAAACGCUCGGCGGCGCGUAGUAAUCCCAAUGCUAGCAAGAGUGGCGAUGCGAAUCCAUGCAAGGAUGCAGGAUAUGAUAUUGUCGACGCCCCGGCUGGGCAGAAGAAGACGGCGAGUUUCUGGGAAAGGUCAAAGAAUGGACCAAGUCGUGCUGCUUCUUCCAGAGCGCUAGGCUCCAACGACGAAGCAGGAGUAGGAACGGCACAAAAUGAAUCCGCAGACGAUGAUGAAAUGGCUAUGAGGGGCACAGAGCUCGGUGCUAGCAAUGGCAGCGCCAGUAGCACCAGCAACGGUGGUGGACAAGGUCACUGGGGUAAUGGAUCGGGAGGAGAGGAACUUGAGACGGACGAGGUACCGCUGCGUGAAUUUGAGGGCACUCUAGAGGAGAUGAUGGGGCUGCACGAGCUUUUACGCUCGACGGUCGAGAAUAUGCUCGCCACUCAACCGGUGACCGAUGGGCACGCGCAAACGCGUCCAUCUCACGUCGGAUCAUCGCGCUCUUUGACGUCGUACCCUCCGUCACAUCCGACUACUUCCCCAGUACGCGAUGCAACGGACACGGCCAUGUAUUCAUUCCUCGACCUCUUCCCCAGCCUUGAUUUCAACUCGGUCGGUUUGACCGUGGAUCAUUUAUCAGAGGUGGAACGAUUGGUUCAAGAAGCAAAGUCGACUGCUCUUUCAGAGGCAGAGAGAGAAGCUGCGCAGAUGGAGGUUGUCGACAACACUCCAACGUAG